AAUAUUUGAGGACUACUAUAUACAAGUUGUCGAAUAUCAAAACAUAUGAUGAUGAAGUGACAAUUUCACGAGAAUCAAGUUGUUAAUACUUGCAAGCUGUAUUCUUAUAAAUCUAUUAUUAUCUGUAGUGACACGCAGAGGACCGAUAAAACAUUAGAAAUAUAACGUUAUAGUACGAUAUUCAACAUUAAAAAAAGGAUAUUUAUUUCAAAUCUUAUAGAAUAUUUCAUUCAUUUUGAUUUGGAAAUGUAUAUAUACAACAUGUAUAAAUAUUUUUUAAAAAAUUUCAUACAUGGAAGUUGUAUGAGUAGAAACUAUUAGCUGUUACAUCAUCUUAAAAACAAAUAUUAUAUAAUAUUUAAAAUGCCACAAGUGGAUGGUGCUACAAUACCAAUAACGAAUAAUCAGAACAGUGCAACUGUACAUAAUAAUCAUAAUACAAGUAGUUCAACUCGAUCAGCCUUAAAUAAUAACAAUAUGAAUACUGCUAGAAAUAAUAAUAACCAAAAUCCACUAGUUAAUGUAAGGGAUAGGUUGUUUCAUGCAAUAUUUAUUAAGGCUGCAUUAACUUAUGCAAGAACAUUUCCACGACCUGUCAGAAGAUUUAUAGAAUUUAUAGUUUUAUUGAAGGCUAUAGCAGCAUUUUUUGUUUUGGCUUAUAUUCAUAUAGUAUUUUCACGAGCACCAACUAAUUGUUUAGAACACAUAAGAGAUGAUUGGCCACGUGAUGGUAUAUUAAGAGUUGAAAUACUUAAAAAUGGAGGAGAAGAUUAUAGUAUAGAAAAGAGUUAUGCAAAGGAGGAAAAGUUACGACAAGAAAAAGUUGAUGAUUUAACUAGUGCUUUAGGAAUAUUAACUAGAGAUGGAUUUAUCAAUAUUGAACCAUCAGCUGUUGAUGAAGAACGUGAUACUACUAAUGCAUUGAAUGAAGAAAAUCAUGACAGUUUAACAUUGUCUGAAAAAGAAAUAGUUAUUCGAAGUGCCACUAUUUCUGGUGAAACACAAGAUCCAAAUUUAAGUAUUACUAAUACAACAACAAGUCCUUCAUUACCUACUAAACUUUGGAAUGAAAUGAAUGUAGACAGUAAAGAAAUAUCAGAUAAAAAACUACCCCUAACAAAUACACAGAAUAGUACUAUAGGUCAGGAUAAUAAGUCUAAUAAAGAAGAUGUUAUUCGACCUUUAAAGGAUUCAAAUUCUGAAGUUAGGGCAGGUGAUGGUUAUAUUGUAGAAUAUUCAUUAGAAUAUGGUUUCUUGAGAUUAUCGCCUGUAGCACGGCAAAGAUUAAAUAUUCCUGUAAAAAUCGUUACUUUAGAUCCUGUUAACGAUAAAUGUUUUGGUGAUGAUUUUUCAAGAUUAAUACUUGAUGAACUCUUAGGAUAUGAUGAUUUAUUAAUGGCAAGCAUUAAAACAUUGGCAGAGCAUGAAGAUAAUCAAGGCUUUUUACGAAAUGUGGUAACAGGAGAACAUUAUCGAUUUGUAAACAUGUGGAUGGCUAGAACUACAUAUCUUGCUGCAUUUUUUAUCAUGUUAGUUUUUACUAUCUCCAUUUCAAUGUUACUACGGUACUCGCACCACCAGAUUUUUGUCUUCAUUGUGGAUCUGCUUCAAAUGUUGGAGUUCAACUUAACGGUUACGUUCCCUGCUGCGUCACUGCUCACGGUGCUUUUGGCCCUCGUCGGAAUGGAGGCAAUCAUGUCAGAGUUCUUCAACGACACAACGACCGCGUUCUACAUUAUACUGAUCGUUUGGAUCGCCGAUCAAUACGAUGCCAUUUGCUGCCACACGCCUGUUACAAAAAGACACUGGUUACGAUUCUUCUACCUCUAUCACUUCUCCUUCUAUGCCUACCAUUAUCGAUUCAACGGCCAGUACAGCAGUUUGGCUCUUGUCACGUCUUGGCUCUUCAUACAGCACUCGAUGCUAUACUUCUUCCACCACUACGAGCUGCCCGUGAUCCUGCAACAGGCCCAGUUACAGCACCUUCUGUUCCGAAAUCACGCACAGGCGGGUAUGGCCGAGCAACCCUCGCCCGAGCAACCUUCGCCCAUUUCGAAUCGGGCGUUGACCAGUACCGAGCCAACACCUGAACCCUCACCUGCCAGAGAGUCGGCGGGUACCGAGAAUCAACCGCAACCAACCCCGUCGGCGGCCCCCGGAUCCGACCCGGCCAACCCUCCCAACGUGUCGGAGGAACGUGUCGCAGCGGCGACACCGUCUUCCGCCAACGAAGAGCAGAGUAACGAAGCAACAGGGGGUAGCACCGCCGCCACUGAGCAACCAUCGUCGGACGGGAAAUCGGAUUGUAAAACGGAGGUGGCGAUAUCUGGUGUCUCCUCCUCGAAGAUCGGGGACAAUGGAUCAUCGACCGAUAGUUCGACGACGGAGGGGUUCGAGGUGAUCGAGGCCACGGAGGCGACGCGGAAGGAAACGACAUCCUGUCAGGACAAGUAGAGGAACAUUAAACGCCUCGAGCCAUGCCAGUUGCAUAUACACCCGGAUAGUCGAGGAGAGGAGGUGGGAGGUUGUCAUUUCAGCGCGGGGUGCAUCCGCGAGAAUAGAUCGUCUUGAAGCCGAAGACCUCGAGGUUCGCAGACAAUUGAAACGGAAAGGGAGAGAAGAGAGAGAAAGAAGAGACAGAGAGAGAGAGAGAGAGAGAGAGUGAGAGAGAGUAGAAUCGUAUCGCUUAGUAGGAUGGACCGUUACGUACGCUUAUCGCUCGAAUGAUACGUUUAUUUUUCUUUUUUUUUUUUUUUCCAACUUAUGAAAAUGAAGACCACGGACAAUACGUAAGAAUCGAACAAUUAUGUCGUAACAAUAUAUAUUUCGAACAAAUUUUUGUAAUUUGGCAACGGAUCGUGCGUUGAGAACAAAUUUUUAUUAGUUUAACGGGGAAGGGGGGAUAUGAUGGUGAUGAUGGUGAUGAUGAUGCUUUCGCGAAAAUUGAACGAUUUGAUUUUUGUAAUUUGAUCGAGAACGAUUCUGGACAAAUUUCGAUUUUUUUUUUUCUUUUUUUUUUUAAUGGAGACAGGAAGUGGACGGACCAUUAUUAUUUGCGUAACCGAGAUCGAACGAUUUUAAAAAAAAAAAAAAAUUAUUUUUGUAAUUUGACAUGGAUCGUACGCUUCUGCAAGAAUUGAACGACUUGUUUUGUGUAAUCGAUGUAAAAAACGAUUUAGAAAAAAAAUUUCGAUCCUUUACUGGGGGCAAGGGGCGGAUUACGUUUAUAUUUUGUAAUUAAAAUUGGUAUCGAAUGAUUUUGAAAAAAAAAAAAAAAAAAAAAAAAGAAAUUUCUAUCGUUUUGACAUUGACUACUAUACGCUUCUGCAAGAAUUAAAUGUUUAUUUUGUAAUUGAGAUCGAAACGUUUUUACAAAAAAAAAAAAAAAAGAAAAAAAAGGAAAAAAAAAGGAAAAAAAAAAAAUCUCGAUCCUCCGUUCAGAACGAGGAAAAUGUAUGGACCGUACAUUUUUAGCGUGGACCAUUAACACUUCUGUCGGAAUUAAACGUUUCAUUUUAUAAUUAAAAAUCGGUUUUGAAAAAGAAAAAAAAAAAUACAAAAUCUCGAUUAUCUUUUAUUUGAUACGGAAAAUGUAUGUAGAAUUAUAAGUAAUCAAGCACACGCCGCGUAUAUUUUACGAUUAAAAUUGGCAUUGGAACGAUUCCGGGGGGAAAAAUCUCUCUCGGUACACUUUGUUCGAGAAUUGAUUUAUUUUAUAAUAUCGGGAUUCCGAUAAUAUCGAACGAAUUUCUGAAGAAGAGAAAAAAAAAAAAAAAAGAAAGAAAGAAAAUCUCUACGAUAUUUCAAACACAAACGUACUCAAGAAAUUCAAGAAGUGAAGACAGAAAGUGAAUGAACCAUUUCUGGCCGAGAUUAAACGUUCAUUUUUUUCCAAACGAUUAAUAAUUAAUCGUUAUAUAUAAAAAAAAAAAAAGAAAAGUCUCGAUUCUUUUAACAGAAACGAAUACCAUAUAUAUACUCAUAUUACAUAUAUCAUAUAUACAUUAUAUAUAUAUCUAUACACAUAUAUAUAUAUAUAUAUAUAUAUAUAUAUAAUAUAUUAUGAUAUAAUAUAUAUAUAUACAUGGAUAUAACGCUUCUGUCUAAUUAACACACUUCAUUUUCAAAAUUAAAAAAAAAAUCGGCAUCGAAAAAAAGAACGGAAGGAAACAUCCGGCGAUUCCUCAAGCGAGAAAUAUAUACAGAGAAGGCAGCAAGGUAUAGUUUGACGCCGGGUGUUAGGUUUUAACGAGUAAUCAGGAGGAGCUGCGAGGAUCGGUGAAACGGGAUAACCAGUGACUGGAUUUCAUCGUGUACGCGGAUCCAGAUCGCGUGGAAAUAUACGUUCCCUCUGUUGAAAGGUUAACGCAUAUAUGCGGUAUACGUGUAUACAUACGUGUAUAAUAUCGUUUCCUCGAGGUCGGAGGGAAAGGCGAAACUCGGGGAAGGAGAUGCUCGGGGAGAUCAGUUUAUCAUUACACGACACGCGUGUAAAGAUAGCGACGGGCCAACGCCUGGAUUCGACCGAUCGAUUUUUAUCGUCGGUUAAGGAAUAAAUUAUUAUACAUAUAUAGAUCUUUGUAACAUUCGGGGGGAACGACGCGAUCGUUUUCUCGAUCGACUUUUUUUCCUCGAUCGAGAGAAUCGAGAGAGGCUUGUAAAAACACUUUUUCUUUUUUUUUUUUUUUUAUUUUCGCUACUCUUCCUUGGGAAAUUAUUGCAUCUGAAAUAUAUAGACAGCGAGAGAUUGCGAGUUCCUCGGGGGCGCAACAAGUUGGAGUUCCUUCGCUGAAUAUUCCGUCUUUCCCGUUGUUUGCUUGUUCCAUGAUACGUAAAAAGAGAUUUCUUCCGACUGGACGGAUGGGUUGUUGGUCGUGGCGAUUGACAGCGCACGAGCGGGCGCCGCUGUCGUUGAGAGAACGAGGAUUUUCAACUCUUUACACCGGUUAUACACGGAUUUAUAAUGGAAUAAUACGCACGGGAAUGUUUUUCAAGCAAUAUUUGCAUUAUGAAGAUUAGAUUUAUUUAUUUUUUAUUAUUAUUUUUUUUUUUAAAUCCUUCGAGUCACUUCACUUUGACGAAGAUAUUAGAGGAAAUGACGAAUAUUCUAUUGAUUGGAUUGGAUUAUAUAUCUUUCUUUUUCAUUUUAACAUUUUCGUUAUCGAAUAUUAAUAUAAUGAAUAUAUUUAUAUAUAAAUUAUAAUAUAUACACAUAUAUUGUGAAUAUUAGGGAGUGGAUAAUUGUAUCGAGCGAUUUCUCAAAUAUGUUACUUUUAUUUCAAGAAUUUUUCUUUCUUUUUUUGAGGAAACGCUCGAAUUUCCAAUUUUUACGUUGAGAAACUUGAUACAAAGGAUAGAAUUAACGAAUUACUACGUUUUAAUAACAAUUUGACAAACUAAUGAAGGUAGAAGAGAAGCUCGACUCUCAUUCAUUUCCACCAUGAAUUAUUUUACGAAUUAUUUUACAAAUUAUUGCUUGUUUCUCAGUGUAACCGAUCAAACUUGUUAAUUUAUCCUCGUUCUCUUCGACGGAUGAGAAUCGACGCCACUUGUCUCUCUCUCUGAACAUCGAAUCAAAAGAUAAUUCUCGAAAUGCAUACACGAAUAAAUAUAUCUCUCUGAACGAUCUCGUGUAAUCUUAAUGUUUGCGAAUCCUUGUUUACGACGAGCGCCAUUUUGUAUAAAAAAGAAGCGAAUGCCAGGAGGAUCCGAUUUCGUAUCUCGCAGCAAGUUCUUCGAUAUUGAAAUUAUCCUUUAAGCUUAUGUAAGUUUAAAAUUAAGGGGAUUUGUAGUUACGCUAGAUGUGUGUGCUCGAUGGGAAAUACAUUGGCGCACUAUUUUUAAGCAAAUUAAACGGUCCAUUGACUCGAAAAGAUUUAAAAAGAAAAGAAAAAAAAAAAGAAAAAAAAAGAGAAAACGAUAAAACGAACGAACAAAAAAAAAAGAAGAAAAUUAAGAUUAGAAUAAAUAAGGGGCGAAAUCUAUAUCUUUUAUCUUUUAUCGUCGAUGCUAAGUUUUCACUUUGACACGUUGUUAUGUAUCUGAGAGAAAUUUUUCACUGGCAUGUCAUUUCUCUCUCAAGGAAACUUUCUUUUUUGUUUUUUUUGAAUAAUUAGUAAUGUUAAUGUAAUAAUGUAUUUUUCAAGGUGCGAAAAAAAAGUAUAUAUAUAUAUAAGAGAGAAACGAAAGACGAGUAUGCGAAUGAGAAGAUGAUAGAACUUGUUAAGAGAUACUUAGUGCACAUAUAUAUACAUAUAUAUAUAUAUAUGUAUAUACACAUAUAUACAUAUAUAUUUAUUCUUUAUUGUAAACUUUUCCUUCAAUCAUGUACAUGUAAAAGAAGGAUGUUGGGUGUUCGUGGCGCUUUGAACAUUGUAAAUUUUUUUGUAAAGGUCGGCGAGAGACGUUCUAACGGGUUUUGUAAAGUAAGAUAGAAGGGGGGAAAGAAGCGAGAAAAGAGGGAGGAAACAAGAAAACGGGGAGAAAAAAAAGGGAAAAAAAAAGAAAAAAAAAAAAAGAACACGAAUAUCGUCGUUUAUUGUUUUUAAAAAACCGUUUUAAAAAAUUCGAUCCACCUGUGUAAAAUAUUUUCCUAAAAACUAUCUAUAACGACGUAAAGAGUCCGUUUUUUCCGUUUGGUUGUACAUAAUACUGCACUCUACGAUUAAUUAUUAUUAUGAUUAUAUAACUAUUGCUGCUCUUGCUGGUAUAUAAUAUUAUAAAUAAACGUAAAGGUGUUGCAAUUCAGUGUGGUUAACACCUUAAUCCGGAUCUUUUCUUGCGUUACACACGUUUAUUAAGCACUUUAUUUGUUUAUUGUCGUUGGUAUAAA